AUGGCUUCUCAAGUUACAAGCCGGGGGGUGGGGGGUCAGGACCUGAAGGUGCUGUUUCUGCACGAGCUGGAUUCAGCUCCUGGAAGUGAGAAGCAGCGACUGCUUGAAAAGGCUCUUGGGAAGCAAAGAGUGAAGGCUCCUAACUUAAAGACGCGACAGACCAUAAUGGUCUUUGUCCUCAUAUUCCUGGUCCUAACCAUUUGCCUCCUCAGCACGGUUAUAGCUGCAGCUGUGCUGGCGAAGUGGUAUGUAGGCCUGUGCGUCUUUCUUGCAGCGGGGCUAGUGCUUUUGCUGACGUACUGGUUCGGGGGUAAGGCUGCAACGCGCUACAUGUGGCGGAAGGCCAUCCGCAUAGCUGAGAGGAAAUUUAGAGAGCAGCGUUCCAAUGUCAUCGUCGCCACUUCCUUCGGCUCUGUUGUAGCCCUCAGCAUGGAUGUUCCAAAAGUGCCGAUG